GGAACAGAAACCGAGUCGAAAACGAAAGUUAAAGCUGACAGUGAGGCGGAGAGGAGUUUAAACAGACCCCCGGUGACAUUAUCGAACAUUUAAAAGUUUGUUUUAUCCGUAUGUAUUAUUUGUUAGGAGAAUAUUACUCUCUAACGUUAACUCUGUAUCGAUAAGCGCGGUCAUGCUAACUAAAAUAAUGUUAGCAUAACCGUGAGGGCGGGUAGUGGCAGCCUGUUGUGAGUAAUGUUAGCACGGUGGAUCCAUUUCUUGGAUAAAGUUACUGCGAUAAGUAAGACUUAAACUCGCUGUGAGUGUGUGUCCCCCCCCCCACACACACACAUACACACACAAACAUGGACCCGGACACUGAAGUUGAAAGCAUAUUUAGGAUUGGGAAUGAGGAGGAUGAGGAGGAGAAGAAGAAGUGGAUGAGGCCUCCCUCCAGCUAUGGUUCAAUGAAGAGUGAGAGCGAGAGUGAUGUGAUGGAGGAGGAGGAGGAGGGACAUGAAGAAGUUGUUGCUGAGGCCGUUUCUUCCUCAUUGCCUAUGGUCCUACCUGGAUCGAGUAUUAAGGACGGGACAGGGUUGCAGAUGAUCCGCUCAGAGUCUCCAGAGACCCUCUACACAAUGACCACUCAGCAGACCAAACCCCCGGGGGCUGUUGUCAUUGACACCAGGUCGUCUGAUCUGGAGGAUUAUUCAGAAAACGAGGAGGAGGAUAUGGAUGAAGUUUUAGUUACUCAUUCCCCAGAACCACCUGAGCCUGUUGAACCAGAUGACACAAUGCAGAUUGACGAGAACAGCCAGCCAGGCAGACUGCACCCAGAACAGGACCUGCCCCACAUAUUUAAGUGUAUCCAGGCUGCUGUGACGGGCCUCACCAAGGAAGAGCUAUGUAAAUUUAAGAUGUGGUUUUACCAGUGGGAACCAGGCAUAACCCUGCAACAGGUGAUGGAGGGAGACAUUCUUGAUUUUGUGGACAGGAUCCUGGAAGUCCUUGGCUUGUAUCGUUCCUUGUUGCAUACAAUAAGCACCCUAGAAAGUAUCAACAAGAAACCAGAGGCAGAAGAACUACGCAAUCAGUGCAAGAGAGCGUUGACCCGUUUUCAUCUGAAGCAAUAUUUGAUCAGAAAACACCAAGUCAUCCGUGAGGGGGUCGUUCGAGCCGGGAGGCAGAAUCUUCUAGAAACUGUCUACGUUGAGCCCGAGAUUUCCACCUGUGGUUAUGGAGGCGUCGACCCCUCCCAUGAGUUCCGACCCCACCCUCCGACUCCUCUCCAGGUCCCCAGUGCUGACACCUUUGUUAGUGUGAACAAUCUGUUCAGACUGCAGAAGGAAGAUGGCCAGCCGGUGAGGACGGUGCUCACCACUGGGAUUCCAGGAAUUGGUCUGGGUGUCUCUGUGGCGAAAUUCUGCAUGGACUGGGCCGAACUGCGCGCCAAUAAGGAUCUGCAGUUUGUCAUCAAACUUUCUUUCCGAACUUUCUGGUAUCUGCGAACCAAAACCCCACUCCAUUCAGAGAAGGUGUCCAUCAUGGAAGUGAUAGAGUAUUAUCAUCCUCAGUGCAAAGGCAUGAAAUUCCUGGAGGAAGAGGAUUGUAAAUUUCUCAUCAUAAUGGACGGAUUUGAUUGUUACCAAGCUCCUCUGGACUGGGAGAAUGCCCCAGUAAUAAAUGACAAUUACACCCAAGCACAUCCUGACGUCCUGAUUGUGAAUAUUAUCCGAGGCACUGUGCUUCGAGGUGCCCGCAUCUGGAUCCUGGGGAGACGGGCGGCUGUCUCGCAAAUACCAUCUCAAUUCAUAGACUUGGUCACGGAAAUACAGGGCUUCAGUGAUGCGAUGAAAGAUGAGUUCCUGACUAAGCGCUUUUGCGACGCAGAGCUAGCUGCAAAGAUUGUGGCACAUUACAAGCGUGUCCCGACGCUCAGACUAAUCACUCGCCAACCCUUUGUCUGCUGGAUGGUCGCCACAGUGUUCGAGCGCUGCUACCGUUAUCGGGGCUAUGGGGUACAUCCCCCCAGGCUGACACCAUUCUACGUCACCAUUUUGAUCGUCCAGAUCAAUCGCAGGCUGCAGUUCUACUAUGACAUGCCGGACAACGCCCUGAAAUGGUCCAAUGACGACAGGAACCUAUUGACAAAGUUGGGGAAGAUGGCCUUUAAGAUGCUGGAGAGGAAUACCAGUGUAUUCUAUGAAGAGGACGUGAAGGAGCACGGUCUGAAUGUGACCGAGGUGACCGUGUUCUCCGGCAUGUGCACUGAGCUCCCCGGUGCAUCCUCAGAUGGGCGGAGGGUGUACUGCUUUAUACACUUCACCUUUCAGGAGUUCAUAGCUGCUCUGUACGUCUUCACGAUGUUUCGCUCAGAGUCUAAGAACGUUCUGGCCUCUGGGGGGUUGCACAUGCCCAAGCUCUUCACACCAAAGGAUCAAACCAAAUCAGUAGCAGGCCUGGUCCAGUGUGCCCUGGAGCGAACCCUGAGCUCCCCGCUGGGCCACUAUGACAUGUUCCUGCGCUACCUGUGUGGCAUGCUUUCUCCGGACUGCCACGACAAUCAGCUGGGCGGGUGUCUCUACCGCCACAACGCGCCAAAGGUUGGUGGACUGGAUGAGGCGCGGCGGCUGCUGGAGCACGCCAUACAGACCGCUCAAGAAAACAAUAGAGACCGGGUGGAAAACUUAAAGGAGUGCCUUAGAGAAAUGAGUCAGGAAGAUGAGUGAGUUAGAUUGCAUCAUGAAAAUCAUCUUCAAUGGAUGAAAGAGAAGUGUCUGUAGCAGCUUUGUUAUAUUUUGUCAUAAAAUCAGUGAUCCAAGUGUAAUGCUUUACAUGCUAAAAACACUCAACAGAACUUGAACUGACUUCUGAAGUCUGUCAUUUUGCCUUUGAUAACAUAAGAUUUCAUUCAAGAGAAGUUUUGAUUAAGGGAUGAAAGAGUUUGUGUCCGCACUGUUAGUGCUGUACCAGAUGAAAUAAAUGUUAUUUUAUGCAUUCCAGUACAGUGGAGUUAAUGCAAUACUACAUUAUUCCUGCCAUAUCUUACAAUAAGCACUAAAGAAAAUGCAUUUUCCAAAUAUUUCAUCCAAUUUGUCAUUUGUUAUUUAGGUAUGUGUGUUUUUUUUUUUUUUUUGCCCCAUAAACAAAUGAACUGUUUAGAGAGUCUAAAUACUAUUUUGUACUAUCCCUUCAAAGCAUAACCACAGUAACUACGCUAACAAUGUAACAUCUUCAACCUUUUUUUUACUGUCCAGCCAAAUGUGUUUUAUAUCGAAUCACAGUUAUGGGCUUAUUAAAUUUAUAUUCUCUAGGUAAUUUUUUUAUUGUUUAAAAUUAACCAGUUAUUUGACCUGUGGCCCCCAAACUGCAGAUACUGCACUACUACUGCAAUACUUUGUAUUAGCACUCGGGUCCUCAACCUUUACCAUCACAAGAACCGUUUUGGCCAAAGGAAUUCAAUUUCUCUGGAGCCGCAAGAUGUGUGUUUCCUCACCGCAGAUAAAGCAUACCAGUAAGCCAGCAGCGUUGGUGGUGAGAGCAAAUUAAUCUGUCUAUGCACCAUUAAAUUCUUUAUUUUGUCCUCUAGACUAAUAUUUCUUACUGUUUCAUGUGUAAAAAGUUUAUUAUUAUUUAUAUUUUAUAAUUAUUUUGUGGCACAUUUAUUUUAAUUAGCACAGUAAUACCUUGUCCUGUCUACCUAACUAUCUCUAGCGCAGUAAUAUCUGAACUAUUAUUAGUAUCUGCUACAACGAGCUCAGCUAAUAAUUCACAGCUGAAAUCAGUAAGAGUUCCCAGUGGAGAACAUGAACCUUGUCUUCGUUUUGAUUCAUUGUACAUUGUCCUGAAAUUGUCUAGAAUACAGGAUUUUAUAGACACUGAAGUUACUGCAGCCGAAGCUCUGAGAAACCAGGAGAGAGCGCAGUAACUGCUCUUACUGCGGUUUGCUUGAGGGUUGGAUUUUUAAGUUUUUUUUACAUUGUUUUUUCUCUAAGAUGCAGCCAGACUGAACUUAGAGGAUUUGUCACAAGAUAAAACAUAGGAUAAGAUAUUUAAAAGUUCAAAAUCAGUCAGAACUGCGGUUUUCCUUUGUAGGGCAGUAUAGUAUGAAACAGAUAGAUCCAUCUGUAUAUACGCAAGUGAAACAAAAUAAGGUGUUAUUAGUGUCACCACACCAGUUCAGUUGUUGGAGGAAACAACCUGCAAGGACAUUUUAAUUUAUUUUGUCACUGAGAGGCUCGGCAGAGGUUGGUAGGUACAAUACAAAUGGCAUCUGGAUGAAAUUAAUAGUAUGGGUGAAUGAUGAGCUUUAUUUUAAAAUAGGUUUGGCUUUUAAUCAUACUGUGUUUGCACAUGUGCCUGUUUAUGUGUAUUUGGGUGCAUACAUGCUUUUGUACUUGAUUAAUUCAUAAAUUGGCUCUUCUGUCGACCUUUUCUGCCACAAUUCAUCAAUUCAAAAUAGAUUUUGUGAUACUGAA